AUGUCGUGCAAAUUUUCGUCGGUGGCUGCUGUGUACCUGAUUGGCACGUGCACACUAUUAGUGCUUGGCGAUACAGAAAAUGUCUUCCGGUCACUUUACCGUCGCGUGCCUGGCCACUAUCUAGCCGCCAUUCCGCAGGCCGUCUUCGCCGAUGUCACAGUUGACGAGUGCGCGCGCAGCUGCGUGGACGAGUUGGCAUUCGAGUGCCAGUCAUUCGACGUAGACAAUUUGAAGCGAGAGUGCCAUCUCCACAACCACACCCAUAGGGACCCCGGCAUUGGGCUGCAGUACUCACCAGAGUUCGACCAUUACAGAACGGCCUAUGAGAAGUUAUUCCAUCGUAUACCAAACCACGUGAUCACAUUACGUCACAACAGGAACAUCCGGGGUCUUGAUGUGGAGCAGUGCGCGCGCAGGUGUAUCCUAGAAAUCGGUUUCCGAUGUCAAGGUUUUGACUUCGAACCCAGGGGCGGUAACUGCUGGUUGACGGAGUUAACUGUCCAUGACGUGAGCGGCCUUACGCCACGGCCUCACACAGACUUUUAUGAACGCAAAUCUAACGGCCCCAUCUCUCGAUUUAUCAACUAUGGUCACGGCGGUCUGCAGACGGUAGAGGGCGUGCAAACCCACAACAAGAUUGUCCUGGGCGUCAAUUUAGACGCAUGCGCACAGCUUUGUCUCGCCGAGACUUCCUUUUCCUGCGAGAGUUUUGACUACGUGUUCAGCGAGCAGUCGUGUCAGCUUAGUCAGUAUAUCGCGGCCAACGUGUACGGGAUUCGGACAGUCUUUGAGCCCGGAUAUCGAGUCAUGCACUAUGAGCUGAUUGGUGAGUAUCUAGAACACUUCUACCCGACUCCUUACGCCUCCGUACCAGGAAGAAAUGAUCGGGAGCUCCGAAAGGUGACACCGGAAACAUGCGCGCGCAAGUGUCUGCAGGAGAAAGAAUUCGUCUGCCGGUCCUUUGACUACCAGAUCCAGCGAGGCACUUGCUUGCUGAGUCACGUGACAGGAAGUGACGCAGGUGGACUGUACACACCGGAAGGGGUCGGCGUCCAUCAUUUUGAGAUGAAACCGACCCUAGACUGUGGUGGUAGCUUGGCAGGGGAGCGGGGCGGUCUAGCGUCCCCGAACUGGCCCCGGAACUACCUUCAUCACCUUAACUGUACAUGGACUAUUUCCGUCCAAGCACACAAGAUCAUCCGUCUGUCGAUCCACCACCUGGACCUAGGUUGGCGGCCUGGCGACUGGUGUUCACAGGAAGUCGAUUCCCUGACCGUCACCGAGGUCGCAGACCAGGGGAGACAAUCCACUUGUAUAGACGGCGAAUCGAGAGAGUUAUCUACCCUAACCAACACAGCUUCCGUCAACUUCGUAACGAACUCUGAUAGGGACGCUCAGGGUUUUAGAAUAUUUUAUACUGCAGACUGGCCAUGCAACACCACAUACAUGGACGACCAAGGUCAGUUUGCCUCGCCGCGGUGGCCCGGCAUGUAUCCCGCCAACUCGGCUUGUAACUGGACGCUGGUCGCUCCUUUCGGUGGCCAAGUGAUGCUAAGAUUCACUUCCGUUAAACUCGAAGACCACACAGCGUCUAGUUGCAGAACGGCGUACGAUAAAAUCCAAGUUUACGAUGUCGUAAAUACUACGUCAAACCUGGUCAGAACACUUUGUGGUACAAGUGAAUCAACAAUUAUCACAUCGAAUGGAAAUAUUGUGAGUGUAGUUUUCACUUCAGACAACCGCGUACAAGCAGAAGGCUUUCAUGCGACCUACACGUUCAUCCUUCCAACGACUACGUCAUCAACCACAACAGCCAGCACUACCUCAACUGCCAUACCAAAGGUCACAACACAGUCGCCGUAUGUCUCAGUUAACCAACACGCCAAUAAAACAAGUAUUAUGGGCACAAAUGAUGACGUUCAAACUAAUAAUACUGUGCAGGUGAACAUAAAACUUAAAUCUGAAAACAUUUCUUCAUCCAUCAAGCUGGCUAUGACAGGAGAUAGUAACGACAAUAAAAACCAUGACGUCAUCAAGCUUACCGCCAUAUUUGUUGAGCCGGACAUGCGCAAUGAGUUCGGGGAUAAAAACAACUCCGUAUUGUUCGAUGGAGAAACAGGAGAUGACAUAGGUCGAAACGUUCCGGAUGUGACGCGGGCUGACACAGGGUCACGUGACACCCGCGCCAUCUUUGUUGGGGUAUUGGCGGCGUUUGUAUCCAUGGUUGCAGUCAUGAUGCUGGCAUUCCUGUUUGCCUGUCGUUACUACAGGAGACGACAACCGAAAUUGCGCCAGGGUAGCAACAUCCGGGACCCGGAGGAGAACAGAUCUCUCUGCGAGAACGGCGCGGUACCGGAAGCCGGCUUUGUGGACGAGGAUGACGUGGACGAGGCUGCCAGGCUACCGUUACCAUGCGAUCACGCUCCUACCCCGGAUGUGGAAUUUCUGAAUCCGCUGUAUGCGGAAUCAAGAGCCAGUACAACCCCGGAUGUCAGGUCUGACCUUGAACUCGACUUCCUGGCCGAAACCGGAACGUCACAGCCUGAUCUUCGAGACAAUACUGAAAUCAGUCGCUUACUACCUCAAGAUUCUCAAGCCAACGAUGAUGACGUCACAUGUAGUGCGGCGAAUGAAAACAAUCAUUUGUCAUUGAUAGGAGUUAACGAUACUGAUAAUGAGAGACACGCACACGAGACUCAGCUAAAUGUUGAUACUUUUACAGAAUGUGACCAUAGACGUUGUGGAAUUAUUUGUGAGCAUUCCGUCAUAACUACAGCGGACAUCGAGGCACCGGGUACGGUUACUACAGCUGACCUUGGUGAAGUCCGCUCGAAUUCUUCUCCCCAUACCUCACAACCGGAAUAUAAUGAUUCUGUUAUCGACAAUGUAUCUACCUCUCCUCAAAGAACUGGACGAAUGUCCUAUAUUGACUGUUUCACGACAAUUUGA